AUGUUCCUGGGCGGUAGGAUGUCCCUGGCUCACUCGUGCCUCCCUGCUGUGCUGCUAGCCCUCAUGACCGCUGCCGCGACGGGUGCAAAUGAGUGUGAUCUACUGGGGGACAAAGAAAAGGAAUCCAAGAGGGAAAUUGCCCUGCUGCAGAGGUUGGAGCCGAUUUUCAAUUACAGUGGUAAAGUAACCGUUCAAAGAAAUCAGGAAAAAUACUUGUACAUUUUCCAAGUGUGUCGUGAAAUCCCCGAAGGCGGGACCAAUUCCGGCCUGGUGCAGAUCGAUGGGGUAACAAGAAAGACCACUGUGGUGGGACGCAUCAACGAGACGCACAUUACGAGCGGAACCGACUGGAUCAUGCUGACCUAUAAAGGGGGGGACAACUACGGCAACCACUGCGGGGGUGAGAAGAGGAAAUCCAUGGUCAUGAUCACCUGCAACCGGAAGAUACUGACAGGAGAACUCACCAUGCUGGUGGAGGAGCGGGAGAAGGAAGAGGAAUGUUUCUACCUUUUUGAGCUGGAGAGCAGCGUGGCCUGCCCUCCCUUGGACUCGCACCUCAGCGUGGGCUCCAUCUUGCUGAUCACGUUCGCAUCGCUGGUCGCCGUAUACAUCAUUGGGGGUUUCCUCUACCAGCGCCUGGUGGUGGGCGCAAAAGGCAUGGAGCAGUUUCCCCAUUUUGCUUUCUGGCAAGACAUGGGCAACCUGGUGGCCGACGGCUGUGACUUUGUGUGCCGAUCAAAGCCUCGUAAUGUGCCCACUGCGUACCGUGGCGUCGGGGACGACCAGCUCAGCGAGGAACCUGAAGAGCGGGACGACCACUUGCUACCCAUGUGAUUUGCU